AUGGACGAAUCCGACAAAACAGGAAUGAAAUUGAAGGGUAGUGAUGCAGCCAUUCCAAAACCAAAAGCCCGUGACAUUGGGAGGAUAGACGUAACGGGAUUUGACCGUGGGGUUCCUCGUGAGGAUGUGGAGAGUGCGUUGAGAGAACACUUCGCUGCAUGUGGAAAGAUCACCGAUGUUUACGUGUAUGCUGGUGGGAGUAGAGCUCUUGUUUAUUUUGUGGGAGAGGGAGCAGUAGACAAGGCCUUGAAACUUAACGGAAGUGACGUGGGAGGAUUGGGAAAAUCUGUGCUGAGGCUUAUCCGUUUAACGACAACAAUUGUUCGAGGAUAUGACACCUCGCUUAGUGAUACUGAGAUCGAGAUGGCGGUGAGGGAACUUUUAUCUUCAUGUGGAGAGGUCAGGGAAGUCUGUGUCGCCAAGAGGGGAUACACUGCGUUGUCUAUUAAGGGAUUUGAGGCACCAGAGAAGGCGCUGGAACUUAAUGGCAGCUACAUUGGAAGAAGCAAAGGAAUCCUCGCCCCAGAUUUGAUACAUUUGAUAGCUAAGAAUAAGAAGAUGACUGCGAAGUAG